CAGCACACACACACAGACACACGCACACACACAGCUGGCUGUGGAUUCUACAUCUUGUUCCAUACAUCUGUAGGCCAUUUUGCCGGAAAGUUAGUCAAACCCACCUGAGGGAGCAGGAGGAUGGAGAACAACAUGUGAGCGAUCCGUGCGCCACUGUCGACAGCAUGCUUCGCCUCCUCCAGACCUUGGCUUUCUGCUUCGGAUGUUUUUUGCUACUUCACAGGCAGGCUGUGGCUGACGAAGAGGCUCUCUGGGGGCAGACGCCAUCAAGAGAAAACGCACCUGAAAAUAGACAACGCUCUAACUGGUGGACCCCGUCUCUGCCAAAGCUCCCUUCCUUUCCCUCACUACCAUUCCAAAUCCCCUUUUAUGGAAGCUCGGACAAUAAAGAGAAGGCUGUUGUGUUGACCACAAACGCCAAAAGUCUGACAGAACCAGUUGAUCACUUGCAAGACCACUCGGUGUCAGGUGAAGGGAGCAUUUUUGAAACCUCUGAACCACCAACGACUGGGACUCGGGGGCUCCUAGCUAGCGUGACAAAGAUAAGAACAGAACCACUUCCCACAGGGACAUCAGAUUCUCCACACAGCAGCAUAGCGCAGAGCUACAAUGAUACUCUUGUUUUAGACUCCUACUCUCCCACAAGCAGUUAUGUCAGAAACACUCUGUUCACCAACAGUCCCGCCAGCACAAGCGCUCCUGAACAAAAUGCAACACAUACUCACCCACCACAGGGAACUGCACGAGCAGCCGGACCCAGCAAGGCUGCCACUUCACAACACCCCCCAUCACACACUGAUAAAGAGGAGGCUGAAAAUUUAACAGUAAAGAUGUGGUCAACGAUAGCACCAGAAACUACAGUUCCUACUGCCUUGACACGGGCAGCAGCCCAAACCACAACAACAAAUCCAGGACUGGUGGACACCACACAAGCCAGCACACACACUCUGGGGCCUGUUACUACCCCUACUCCCUCAGAAACCACGUUUGUCAGACAACCACACGACCCGACUGUCAGUAUUACUCUCCAUGCUGGAGAGGCCACAAUGACAGAAACCCACCCCACUCAGAGCGAGGCUGACCUGGGCUUCUCCCAGGCCAGGUCGGGGCCCAUGGAGGGACAGCCGGUGGUAAUCACCACAGCCAUGGUGAUCGAUCACAAACCUGUGCCAGAAUCCAUAAUAAGCACAACUCAGAGCCAAAGUGUUCACUUCUCAAUAGCAGGAGACCUGCCAGGCAAAGAGGAUAAGGAGGAUGAGGAAGGUGUGGUUCCUUCAACAGAUGGGGAUGGUGACACCAGUUUGGCAGACACUUCCACGCUAUCCACUAAGCUCCUAACAACAUCCCUGCCACUGAGCACAGACAUCCUGCCACAAACACUGUACACUGAAGACUGGAUGUCCAGCCUAAUGGACAGUGACGUCACCUUCCUUCCAGACUGCAAUAAAGAGCGCUCCGGGAUCUGCAACCUCUCUGACACCUGGGAAUCCACAACCUCCUUGGACGUCAAGCCCACACAAAACACCAGUGCCACAAACCAAUCAAUCAGCCCCUUCCUGGUCCCAGCUCCACCCAUGCUGGUGCCGCUGUACACCGACUGGAACAAUGCCAUGGCAGCUUGGGGCCUGGCUUGGGAUGCGCAUGUUUAUGGUGCUGGUUGUGCCUUUGCAAUGCUAACGCUAGCCUCAGCGCUCAAUCUGCUCUGCUUGCCGCUACGAUGCCCAUCCGGAUGUGGCUACUUUGCCUUGGUCAGCCUGUUUCUGCUAGCUGCUGGCUGUACCAGAUCGUUCUCGCUCCUGUACGAUGCCUACGGCCACCAGGACCGCUUACCCUCCACAGAGGCCUCACUGAUGCUCUACGAAGCACCUUUUCCCUGCUUGACUGCAGCUUUCGGUCUGGUUUUCCUUCUCCUCUCCAUGCGCUCAAGAAUGCAGCUCUCCUACUCAGCCUUCCAAAGACCCUGUUUCCUGGCUUGCCUGGUUGUCCUGCACUUUGCUGCUGCAUUCGGACCGGUGACCUUACUGAAGUUCUACCAACAGAAGCCUCCCCUUUGCCUCUUUCUUUCACUCAUCUCCCGUGGAGCCUUUGUGGUACUGGCCACAUUUCUGUCUGCUGCCUAUUUUGUGUUCUACAUCUAUGUGAGGGCAGAUUCGAAGCACAUCUACCACCUGAAUAACACGUCUCCAACACCUGCUGAGCGCUACAACCGCUGCCCCUUUGCUGAGAGCCGGGAUUGGAGCCGUGCAGCUGUGACCGUCUGUCUUUCGGCGUUGUUUCUUUUAGCAUGUGCAGGACUGCAGUUAUAUGCAAUGCUCAAUGCUAUGGGUGUUGCAGGUGGAGAGGAGGUCUUCCACCCUUGGCCAUGGUGGGCUUUUCAGUUUAGUUGCAGACUGUGUGAGCUUGGGGUCUGUCUCACCUUAGCCUUGGUGGUUGCACAACCAGUCUACUGUUCUGAUCACCUCCCAGCUGCAGGGAGCUGCUGGACUGAACUGUUGGCGUCCAAGUCACCCAUCCUGCCUGGGAGCUACCAGUGGACCCUAAGCCAGCAUGAGAAGCUCGCCAUAGUCGAUACCGUUGGACUUGGAGAGACAGAGAGCCUUCCUCUUUACACUCUGAUGGAUGAGAGGAUUGGAAGCAGUCUGAACGGCCUAGACCUCCUCUACCACAGCAACCGGGCCUUGGCGUACCGAGACCUGGACUUAGAUUUGGACUUGCAGGGUUCAGAAAAACCUGAGGAUGGAGGAGGUGGAGAGCCCUCAGGUGGAUCCUCGUUUACCAGUGACUCCACCACAGACCUGAGGCCACCUUCGCCCAUCAACCUGCGUCGCAGCAUAGACGAGGCACUCUUCAGUGAGGCCCUCUUUCCCAUGAGCCUCUUUAGCCCUGCUAGGCCUAUUCGCUGCAGUGAUCUAUCCAUCAACAACCACUCUGCACUUCCCAGCAACGGCCUCUGUGAUCCUCUCUCAGCUGACCCUGGCCUUUAUCGGACCUCUUCCUGCGUGGAGAUGACCUCUCAACCCCAACCCCCUUCCGCCCAAUCUCAAGGAGACACUGUUAUAGGUGCUCCACCAUCUCCCUCCCUGUCCUCUUCCUCCAGCUGUUCAUCUCCUGAACGCUGGAGGGGCAGCUCUUCCUCCUGUUCCCUCUACAGAGCCUCUCUUGAAGGCUCCUCGUUGGUCCUCUGCCCGAGCCCAGAGAGACAUGCUCAUCAGCUUCUUCAGCAAGGGGGAACGGGCCACGGGGUGACCUCCGGCCACCAGGGCCAUGCUGAUCCACAGAGGCACUAUCAUGCACUGGGCACGGCCUCACAGGAGAGCCUGGACCUGGACAUGUCGUCUGAGGCAGACCGAUCUGUGCAAGAAGAGUUCAUCAGCGUUUGCAGACAAAUCGAUGCGUUGAGCAUCUGCAGCGAGACUAUUGAUUUAUAAAAGGCCAAUCUGGUCAAACUUGUGUUAACACUGACAACUUAUCAAGAUGGGUAUCUGCUUUGUGUGGCAAGUUGGCGGUCAAGGUUUUUUUACAGCCCAUUUGGUAGUGCAUGGUAGCAUUUGCAUACACCAUAAAAUACUUAUAGCUGCCAAAAUAAAGUUUUUUGGAGGUUUGAUGAGCUUUCUUAUGCGGUCAUUAGCAAAUGUCUGUGAGGGUCUAAGUGCCAAGAAUGUCAAAAGCCAAAAGGUAAUUUGUAACUUUUACAUGUUUGAUAAAGGCUGGUGAAGUUUGAUGUAGUCAAAAGAAUAGUAACAUUUUAGUGAGUGGCGAUAACAGGAAUAUAUUUGUACAAAUGUUUUUAUUGCAUUCCAACAUUCCAAUAGAUAGUACUGUGACUGAAUUAAGCACUUAUUAACUACUACUGAAGUCAUACCCUUUCAAACUCAGCAGAAUAUCAUUAAAUCUCAAAAAAUGGGAUUAAAAUUAAAGUUUGUCAAACUAAACUCUCCAUAUCAAUAUGCAACACAUCUUAUGUGCAGUUAUUGCGCAACACUGCCCUCUACUGAUAAAAUGCACACUGUUACCUUAUCCUCCUACAUUUUUCACCAAUGGAUUUUGCUUCUGCAUACACAGAGUGACCAGCUUACUAAUUUAUUUAUGUUAAGACAUAACUCUGCUCAACCUAUUGUCUAAUAAAGUUUGUUUUAUAACAUCUGGUUUCUUUUACUUAAGGGUCAAAGUGACAUCCAGCAAUAUGACUUUGCAGCUCACGCUCAAUAAUAAAGUAGUCCAUAAACA